AUCAACAACAAGUAGAAAAGAAGAAGAGAGAGAGAGAGAGAGAGAGAGAGAGAGUGGCAUACCCUAAUCUCGAGGAGAUCUGAUCGGCUAUGGGUUCCUCUAAGGAGCGCGAGAACUUCGUCUACGUCGCCAAGCUCGCCGAGCAGGCCGAGCGAUAUGAAGAGAUGGUGGAUGCAAUGAAGAAAGUUGCAAAUCUAGAUGUUGAACUGACCAUUGAAGAGCGAAAUUUGCUUUCUGUUGGUUAUAAGAAUGUGAUCGGUGCUCGCCGAGCAUCAUGGAGGAUCCUGUCUUCCAUAGAGCAAAAGGAAGAAGCAAAAGGAAAUGAUGUAAAUGUAAAACGAAUUAGGGAGUAUAGACAAAAGGUUGAAGCAGAGCUUUCAGACAUCUGUAUUGAUGUUAUGAGAGUGAUUGAUGAACAUCUUAUACCUUCAGCUGCAGCGGGAGAAUCAACUGUGUUUUUUUAUAAGAUGAAAGGGGAUUACUAUCGCUAUCUUGCGGAAUUUAAGCCAGGAAACGAGAAGAAGGAGGCUGCUGAUCAGUCAAUGAAAGCAUAUGAGUCUGCUACCACGGCAGCAGAGGGUGGUUUAGCUCCUACCCAUCCCAUCCGAUUGGGUCUGGCUUUAAAUUACUCAGUUUUCUAUUAUGAGAUCAUGAAUUCACCAGAGAGGGCCUGUCAUCUUGCAAAGCAAGCUUUUGAUGAAGCUAUUUCAGAGCUUGACACCUUAAACGAGGAGUCAUACAAAGAUAGCACCUUGAUCAUGCAACUUCUCAGGGACAACCUUACUUUGUGGACUUCUGACAUCCCAGAAGAGGGAGAAGAUUCCCAGAAGGUGAAUGGCACUGUCAAGGUUGGCGGUCAUGAGGAUGCCGAGUGAUACUGAUGGCUAGUGGCGCCAUGGGAUUGAAGCAUGUGUUUGGGUAUGAAACAUGAGAGCUGAUUACUCAUCUUUGUAUUAGCUAGAUAUAGGUUUCCAUUGUUUUUGUUUCUUGUUGAUUGGCCACACUUCCCAUUAGGGUAAAAAGAAACUCCAUUUCUGCCAUAUUAUGGUCUGUUUUUUGGUGUGGUGUCUGGAAAUGGCCUAUUUCAUCCCUAAGCCUUACCUCCUGUCCGGGGAGGAUUGUGUAAGGAGUAUUGUUUCAGUGUAUUUCUUGUUCCAAUGCUUCAACUUCAUAUGGAGACGUUGCUAUAUUGGAGAUUGAUUAUUGGAUAAUACUUAUAUAGUAUUUUGACUUCCAA